AUGCCUAGGAUUGAGAAGGCUCCGAUGGGACACCGCAGCUCUGUUUCUACUGCAUCGGCAGCAGGUGGGAGCACACGAAGCUCCUCAUGGUCUGCGCAAGACGACGAAACUCUUAUCCAGGCCAGGACACAAGGCCUCAAUUGGAAUCAAAUCGCUCCCAAACACUUCCCCAGCAAGUCGCCGAACGCGUGCCGGAAGCGUCACGAGCGAUUGAUGGAGAGGAUGAACGCCGAACAAUGGGAUGGCGUGAAGCUGGAUGUUCUAGCGCAAGCAUACAUGGAGGUUCGACGAGACAUGUGGAGCCUCCUUGCUGCUCGAGUCGGUGAAAAGUGGCAAUUGGUUGAGACGAAAUGCAUGGAGAAGGGGUUCAAGAAUCUAUCACAGGCUGCUAGGUCAGCAAUGAAGAAGCAGGGCUAUAACUCCGGUACUUACGCCGACCACGCGGACAGCGCAAUAGGCGUAUCUGACUUCGAUGAAGAAUCAGACGACCACCACACUGAGAUGGCAAUGCCAGUUGCCCCGGCGUCUCAUUACCAGAACACUCCACUCCAGUACCCGGGUAGCUAUCCGUCUCAGCAGCAGCGGGUGCCAAGCAUCCAGUCGAUGCUACACCAGCACCCGAUGCAGUACGCUCCACAGCCGCUGAUGCACCCGCACCCGCUCCCCAACGCGCACCUGCAACAGCAGUGA